CAGCAAAGAGCGUGCCAACCGAACCCAACAGCAGCAGCAGCAGCAGCAGCAGCAGCAGCAGCAGCAGCCGCCUGCAGUCAAAGCGAGAGACCCCGAAAGCCGCUCGGUUCUUUCCUUCUGUUGCCUGGAAUAACCUGGGAACUAAUAACAGCGGCGCUGUUGCCGAAUUACAGCGACCGACAAAUCUGAAGUACACAAACUCUCGUAUCCGUAGUAACGUAACAGUGAUCACGAAGAAAACAAGCAACGGAUAAGCGUUACCGGAAAAAAACGAACGGGACAAAGAAAAGCGGAAAGAAUAAGCCCUCGUGCCUCCGAACUGUUACAGCUAACUGAAGUAACGAAAAAUUGCCUAGCGAGGUGCAUUAGUACGAGGAUGAGAGAGACUGCAAGCCAGUGAUAGCCAGUCUGUGAGUGUGAAUGUCUGCGUCAGUGAGUUCACGUAGUGUCGGUGAGUUCCUCCGUAAGAGGAAACAGGGUGCACAAGACUUCCAGCCACGUCGAAAAACUGACGUUCAGUGGAAGGCAACAGGGGUCGAGCAGAAGCCCAGGGGAAACAAAGAACUCAACCGCGGUAAGUAUCUGAGUGAACACGUCGUCUCUGCUCGGCCGUUUGGCAUCAGUAUAUGUAUGUGUGUGCGCGUGUUCUGUGUUACGGGUCUAAUAGUCUGAUCUGCUCUUAUGCUGUAUCAUGUGAUGAGCUGCGUGUCAUAUCCUCUAUUGUCGUCGGCUCGGUCUUACGUGGAUUCGUGUGAUUCUGUUAGUGAGAGUGUUAUAUGUGUAUGGUGCGCUGUGUUUGUACGGGCGAUCUUCAUAAGGUGACGAAAAAUCAGAACGAAAAGAAGUAGAGCACGUGAGCACGAGGUGACCAAUUUGAAAAAGCAAAUAGGCUAGACCGGAGAGAACACAAGUUUCCAUAACUAGAACAGGUUCAUCCCCUAAGGGUGCGCACGGUCUCCACCUUUUUUGUGUCUUCUUUCCCUGUACCACGCACAACGACAAACAACAAAUGCGAAAGAGGUAAUCAGAUAGCGACGUUUAUGUCAACGUAUAACGAACGCGAAGCAGCGUUCGAUCAGUGACCAACAGCAGUAGCAGCAUCAGGCUGGCGGCUCCGGGUAGAACAGGCUCACCGUAACGGAAAGCGGGUGCCCAUUUCGUAUCUUAUGUCAGAAAAUUCUAUCUGUCCACGACCAAAGGUAAUAGAUGAAAAGAAAAAAGAGUCAACCACGGACCAGGGAGUGGUGCUAUAUUAAUAUGACUCAAGAGGGCAGAGAAAAGAUUUUUAUUAUUCCCGUGUAAUCCCCUAUUACAAUACGUGUCGACAGUCGUGCCGCUGUUGAUGCUGAGGACAGCAGCUGUGUCAGUACGAUGAAGCCGAGUUGCAUUGUCAUCUCACACUCCGACGGUGAUUCUGUUUUUACCUGCCUGCCCUCGUACGGCAAAGCGUAGUAAGGAGACAGAAGGAGCCAGCUGGGCGAUUACCGAUUACAGAGUCCAACUAUGCGUAAACUUGCUCGCAGAGCGGAAACCAGCCAGUCAGCCAGAUGCUGGAAUGGAAUUCCGGUUGAUUUCGUCACCUGCUCGUGAUUAUGUUAGCCUUACCAUCACUGUCUAAUCAUACGAUCUAAAUGGCCUAAUUAUAUACAGGCCUGCUGCUACUUCGCUUUCUGUCUGUGUACGUCAUCGAACAAACAGCCAUCAGGGGAUCUACAAAAACGGACCAGUAGAAUAGAAUACACUACCAUCAACACCAUCUUUCAUAUACCAUUCAGAUGCAGAUGUUAUCGUCGAUGUCGCCGUUUACCGCGUUGCUGAUCGGGCGGCUUUGUCGAUCGGUGCUUCCGUACUGGAAUUGUAUCUGAGCGUGAACAGAGUGAGGAAGUGAUAGCGUGUCUCACUUGUCAUUUCGCUCCAUUUAGAAAUUGAUUAUGGCCUAAAUUAGCGGUCCUAUAUUUAAGCACGGAAAAGAUGGAGAGGGCGGUAGACGCUUUAGCGUGAGGGAUAAAAGUGCGACAAAACAGAGAGAAGGCGACGGCACAGCAAGCAAGCAGGGGAAGACGCGUACGCUCUAAUCGUCUGAGCGCCACAGAACAACAAAAAAAGUAAGUAAAGUGAAGUGCGGUAAUCGAGUGUAACCAGUCGGAGUAUGGCCACUGUCAGUGAAUUUUAUGUCCGUGUCGUUACUGAAUGCAUCAGCGGCACGCUUAUGUCGCAGUGCUUAUAUUAGAAAGAGUGGUGUUAACCUGUUUCGACAGUAAGCAUCACCAAUGCCGGAUUUAAUUCUGUACAACGGCAGCAGUGGAUAGAACCGUAGUAGUUCAAGAUGCGCGGCUGAAUCGCAUCAUAGGCGGGGUGGCAGACAACUGUGUUCGGGCAGAUGGACCUAAACGACCAAGUUCUUCGAGCAAUUGCCCACCUGAGGAGCUGCUGCGCUCGCAGCGGCCGCUUUGUCGACCAUCCUCAGCCCAGGCGCCAGCAUCGAGUGUUGUAACGACGGCAAGAUGUCGGUCCCUGACGUCGUUGGCGGGGUAGACCAAGCGAACAAUAAGGUCGAGCAAACUCCGGAAAAGGAUGCGGGAGGCGAUGCCGCCGGCAAGGAGGGCGUACCACAGACGCCAUCGCACUUCCCACAACCGUCCAACGCCACUCCGCCCCCCGGGAUCCCGCCAAACGUGACGUACAUUGAGCCACUAGCCAACCUCGAUUUGACGGCCACGUUAGCGCGCCGGCGACGCGUCCACUAUGCUGACCCUCCAGCAGCUUCUAGUCACUCACAAUGUACGGCGGCCAUCCGGGACGCACUUUCUGCUCCUAAACAGGACCUACCAAGCUCAGCUGCCAGCGACAUUACACCCCUCACCUCAAGUCGGGAUCACCGUGAACGGAGAGACUCUUCCGCCACAACCGUGGGCGUCGAACAGAAUGGGGGAGACUGCAGCGGUCAAACCCCACAAUCACCAUAUAUCUCUGCGUCUGUGGUGGACAUCGCGUCGCACUUUGCCGCCCAGAGCGGCUCCGGGGGUCGGCCACCGAUCAACGCAUCGUUGCCCUCGAUCCCCAAUUACUUCCCACCGCCCCAGGUGCCCCAAAUGCCUCAAAUCCCGCAAGCGCCGCCGCAGGUGGGUCCGUUGUCCACUCAGGUUGGUAGCCAGAUGGGUAUCGCUAGCGGAAACAGCAUGCCGCCACCCGCAUCACAGCAGCAGCAGAAUGCAGCUUCAAGCCACGACUUGCUCAACCAGGAUCCCAAUCAGAGUGCGGCCACUCAUUUCCAGGUGGGCGCACACUUACACCAGCUGUCGAUGUCGGGUAUGGGCCUUACGCCAGGCUAUUUGGGAGUAGCAGGGGCACGGGCCGACCUCGCAGCAUUAGACCCCUCUGCGGUAGGCGGCUACGGAGGCGCGUCGUCAACGGGCGGCUGCUGGGCGUGUCCGCCAGAGCUGGCGGGUGUUGGAAGGAGCGCCGGUUCCGCAACGCCCUCCUGUGUCCAGACGACACUUGCAACGAUCCCCUCGCUCGAGGAGCUCGAUCACUUUGAGCUAGAAACUCGUAAAGCGCUGCUCAACGACAAGUGGCGUCAGUUGUUCGACAAGUUUGAUCCUGAAGGCUUCGGUGAAAUUCCAUGGGACGACUUCCUUCGUGCGCUGGACACGCCCGAAUUUGAGGAGAGCAUCGACUGUACAAAGCGGGAACUAUUUCGAUUGAAAGCUCAAGAUCGGAGGACCAAUGCCAUUACUUUCGACGAGUUUAUCGCUGUGAUGACCCGCAAGCGAACGCGUUCGCUUGAGAUGGCGGUACAUCAACGCGACUCAUGCGGCUCACUAUGGAUGCAGUCGCAACAACAGGCACCAACGCUGCAGAUGGAGGUCAUGCACGGACCGGUGAAUAUGGCCACCCUCAGCGCUAUGGGCGGCCACCUGCAGAACAUGCAGGCGUUGCAGAGCGUUGGCGGAAUACAAACGCUUCCACACUCGUUGGGCCGUCAGAUGGGAACGAUGUCGCAGUUAGCGGCGGCGCAUCCCGGCGGGCUGGUUAGCCACGUAUGCACCGGGGGGGCACAUUCGCAGCAGGGCACGCCAAGUCAUCACGUCUGUGCUCAUGUUCAUCAGUCUAAUGAAUCAAUGUACAUAGAGAACGGCUGCAUUGAACAACGAGCUUCAUCGGGCUUCAAUGGGAACCCGUACCUUGCAGCUUCGGUGGCGGCGACUGCGCUCGCUUCGUCGGGCGAUACGACACAAAACUCAUCAGGUUUGGACGAGUGCAUCGUCCAGGACGACAUACCGGUGAUUUCGGUCCGGCGGGCCGACACGCUCUUUUCAAAGAUGGUCAACCUGAUCGGCGGUGAAUUUCUACCCGAAGAUCGCGACCGCAAAUACUACGCCGACAGCUAUACGUGCUGCCCACCGCCUUUGUUCAUACUCUUCGUCACCAUUUGUCAGAUCGCCUUGUUCACGUACUACUCGCUGACGGUUGGACCUGCUGGGCUCUCAACGCCCAUUCCCGCUCAAUCCAUAUUUAUAUUUAAUCCAGGAUACAAGUUUGAGAUAUGGAGGUAUUUUUCAUACUUUUUGGUGCACAAUGGCUGGUUACACCUCGGUUUCAACAUCGUCAUCCAGCUGUUCGUCGGGCUACCGCUCGAGAUGCUGCAUGGGUCAUGGCGUAUUGGUUUUGUAUACAUUGCUGCUGUAAUAGCAGGAUCAGUGUUCUGCUCUGUAGUUGACCCAACGGCGUUUCUGGUCGGAGCCUCAUGUCCAGUGUAUGCGCUGUUGAGCGCUCAUCUCGCCAACAUUCUGUUGAAUCACGACGCGCUAUCAGAGUUCGGCCUGUCGAAAUUCUUCCUACGGAUCACACUCGUGUUUCUCCUCAGCUCCAUCGACUUUGGGUUUGCACUGUUUGACCGCGUUUCGGAACCGGACGGGCUGAUACUCGCCUUUCUCGGACCAUUUGUCGGGGUUGCCUUCGGCGUAUCAGUCGGUUGCGUUGUCGUCAGAAGCUACGAACGGAAGCUACGGGAGCAGUUGGCCUGCUGGCUGGUGAUAAUAUUUUAUGUUCUGGCUAUAUGCGGUGCCAUUGUCUAUAACGUGCUCAAUUUCGACGCGUUCCGGCAAGCGUCCGCUGCUCUCUUUUAGGUUCACUAGUAACAGAAUCGGUAACAAUACGGCGUCGUUAAAUGCUACUAUCGACCGGCAAGAAAAGAAGAAGAAAAGAAAAAUGGCGGCAGAGGGAAGGUCGCAAGCUCACAAAACUUAUACCCAAUUUGAUGACUCUACUUACCAUCACUCCAACCAUAAUAAAUACAACCACGACCCUUAUUCAUCCUAGCGUUUCUUGCCAACUCUUUUCUUCAAGCGAAAAACAUCUGGUUAUGAUAGGCAACGAUAAAGGUCAUGGCAGGUCAAUUUCAGCGACAAGAUGGUCGCUUCGUUCAGCUGUUACAAACUCGAUCUUAUUUAAGCAGCCAGUGCCGCGCUUAGUUAGUGAGCCGGGUACGGAUUUCAAGUAGCCAGAAAGCUGCCAAGAUGUCGGUAGAACUGUCCAACGCCUUUGCGAAUGACUUCUAGAACGAUAAACAAAAUACCGUAAUGAGCUCAAUGGGUUUCCGUGAAAACUGAACCCACGCUCGUGUCGUAUCAUGCGAAUAUGUUAGCCCUUGUCUCUGCACAUAUGUAUGUAGGAACAUCACUAGUUCAAGUGUUAAAUUUGGCGGAUAUCACUGAGCAAACGGACAGCCAACAACUGAAUAUGGAACUAGAGAGGAUCGGGUGAGACAAAGCAGAUCCAAUGAGUUAAUGAAAAGCCAGAAAAAACAAAAAGGGCUACGAGGACAAAAAGAAAUACGAGAAACUAAACAAUGUGCGCGGUGUUUGCCCGCGGGCACUGAGGGUUAUCUGUUAAGUUUGUGAUAUUAAAUUUGCAUUCUUGUGAUAGCAACAACGCUGCCGGUAUCUGCCAGCGCUUCUAUACAGACACACAAACACGAAGCAACAAAUUAUGUAUGGUGCUUCUGAUAAUGAUAAAUGAAUAGUAAUGAAUACAUCGUCAGUAUACCAAUAAUAACAAAGAAAAAUGAGAUAGUUCUGCAUAGCGGCGCACUCAAACGUGUCGAUUGUACACACUUCCUACGUUGAUACGUUAUAUAUAUAUAUAUAUAUAUAUAUAUAUAUAUAUAUAUAUAUAAUAUGUACAGAAAUAAAAAGAAACGUUAAUUUGACAAGAUAAUUAACAAUAAUACUAUACGAGAGAUAAAGGGAACGAAUGUGAAUCCUAUUGAAACGUGAUUGAAACAGAAACUAACAUGGCGUAAAUGUACAUACGAGUCUUUGUGUAUGUACGAGUGUAUUGAGCAUGGUGAAUAGCGAGACAUAUUGCUCUUCCUGUUACAUACACAAUGAUAUUGGCACUGCAUAGACGCUUUUCAUACGGUGUUGGCCAAUAAAGGAAAACGAAGCCGACGAUGAAAAGAGGAAACUCUAUAGAUAACACGUUGCGGAGGUCGAAUGGAUACGUCGCCGCUAUCGCGUACUGACGGAAGUCAAAAUGCUACGUGCACUAAGGUGCGUACUGACCCACAAUGAUUCAACCGAAAAUCAGAUGAAAAUUAGCCACUACACAACAACAACUACUAACACGACAGCUGUAACAGCAGAUGCGGGAAGACCAGCACCAAUUGAUAUGAAAUCAUUACAAAUGUAACGCGACAAUAAGAGAUAAAUUCUGUUUGACAUUGACUGCAUAGAAAAGAUGCGAUUCAUCAUUGCAGCGUAAUAGUAGUAGUAUUGUUACUAAGGGUAAUUUGAAUAACAAUGUAAUAGUAACGUUGAGAUAAUGACCAUGAAAAUGUUUAUCCUAUUAAUGAGCAAACGAAAUGUUCUCUGUGAAGCAGAGUAGCGAGUGGGCGUACGACGGGGUAAACCGGAUAAGAAGCGGACGGACAUUUAACGGCAAGCAGAACAACUCCGACCAAAGAGAGAACAACUGAAAAUAGGGUAGAAAUGUUACGUGACACAGUACAUUUAGAAAACAGCGCCACCGAACGGACAAACGACUAAUUGCAAUAGGUCUGUAUUUAUGGGUUGUCUGGAUGAAUGACUCGGUGUGAAAGUCUGCUAGAGGAAAACGGGCGGGAAGGAAGACUGACAAAGACGAAAAUCGGAUGAGACGGAAGAAGAACGUGGAGUCUUACCAUUGAGUCUGAGGCCUAAAUAGGCUUCGUGUCUCACAGAAGUGCUGUCGCUGCAACAACGCUGAUAGGAACUCUGGAGGGCAGUUUACCAUGACCACGGACACGAAAAAGGCGGCAAAGAGUCCCGAAGAAAGCACUCUUCUUCGUCUAGAAAAAAAUAGUGGGAAGCCAGAAGGGCUGUGUUUUUUUGGGGAUCAUUUGUACGGAGCUGUCGAAUGGCCCACAGGUGGUACCGGUGCUAUGGGAGUUGAAAAGGAAGUCGCUGAAAAGCCAACGGUGCCAGUACAAAGCCAAGCGGUGGGACGCGCGCCUCUUUGAACCUUUGUCUAGUACAACAGCAACAACCACAACAAUAAUACAACUAGAACAAUAACAACAGUUAAUGAUAAUAACAACAAUAUAAAAAUAACAAUACUCAGAUUAAUAACGCUCAGCACUCGUAACGCUUAUUCUAAACAGCCCAUGAUCCCCUGCGAUCUUUGAACAACUGUCGACGACAAGGCCAUGCGGUCAAACAUUAAAGCAUCAAUACCAACAACAAAGCAAAUAAAAGGAAAUCAAUGGGACAAGGUGACUCUGGGUGUGAGAGGCAGGACACGACAAAGAAGAGGAAAGACAAGACAGUCAUAUGGCAACAGGCGCAAUUAGACAAACGGAACAUAAUAGUGAUAAACAGGGCACAGGUUACAGCGCUAGACGUAGCAUGGCGGACUGAUACGGCAAAAUGAAUUUUUCGAUGCCAUCUCUUUACAUACAAGCGUAUCUAUUGUUCUGUCAAGCAAUAUUUGUACAAUAUACUCAUGAGAAAUCGAUAAGCUCAAAUUAUGACAACAUUAUUGAGAUUUUUAUUUCGUUUGGAAAAAUGAUGAACUUGGGGCUUUCAAAUACCUCAUCCGUAUGUACAUAAGCUAGUAAAUAUUUUGUCAAGCACGUAAUACCACCCCCGUUCUACUACUGUUUUGGUCGCUGGCAUUGAAGGCCAUUAUUGAAGGUAUUGAAGGCAUAAUUCAACAUUCAUUUGCAUUAACCCAUCACCUAAGCACAUUUUUCACAGGACUUCCAAGCUAGAGUUCGCAUCGGCGUUGAACUCCUCACAGCCUAUGACUGCCGCGUCGCCCACACAACACGAAAACUCGAAAAUUGACACGGAAAAUAUUAUACACAUGGACUUAAACACACACAUACACACGCGCAGAGUGUAUUACCAAAAAGGAAGUCUUUUGGAUCUUUGAACACUAUAUAUAUAUAUAUAUAUAUAUAUAUAUAUAUAUAUAUAUAUAUAUAUUAUCUACGUGAAGUAAACAAUAAGCGACAAAUGGAACUAGUGAUGAGACAGGGGUGGCUGCCUGUCCGCCGCGGAAAUGAUUUGUUUGAAACUACAAAGAAUUAACUACAAUCGAGAAGUUCCAGAAGCAGUGGAAUCGAAGGCUAUAAAAUAUGAUGAUAUAUCGUAUAAAAAUAAUGAUAAUAAUGUCGUAUCGUAUAUGUGGAGGUAACUAAGACUUCGGCGAAGCAUCUUGUUCAUGUAGAUAAUUUCACUUCUCUGAGGGGGCACUUUAUCGAACGCUUAUGACCAUAACGCUAUUGGUUAAGGUAAUGACCGACAAUUAUUACUCAUUGGAACAAAACUAAUAAUCGAUUCGGGACGCAUCUUGCGUGCUGAUCGCGCACUCUUGCGCAGGCCUGCAAAAAGUGCUAUGCCAAGCAGUGUCUCCGACGUGACGAUCUAGCGCCAUCUCAACCUUGGCGAUACAGGAUGAAAGAAAACGAAAGAAGUCAUUGUGUCUGCUCAGGUGGUGUCUCCUUGGUGGCAAGGAAAGACUCUAUAAUGACAAAAAUUAUUAUAAUAAUAUGAUUAAUAAUUAGAAUGAUGAACGUGCGCCCGUUUUUCGAUCCGUCUAUGUGGACGACAACGGACAGGGCAAGUCGGUAGAAGUCUGCUAGGCGAUCGCCCGUCGCAACAGGACGUGUCAGUCAUUGAAGAGAAACAACCAACAAAAAGCGAGGGCUGAGCGUGACCUGAACGUGACGGCCGUCCAAUUCGAUGACGUAUUUAGAUUAAAUAAUAUACUAUUGUAAAUGACCACAUACAAUACAUAAACAAAGAGAGAAACGAACACACAAUGGGCUUUUAGCUAGCGAUACUAUAUAUAUGCGCGAAACAGAAAGGUGGAGUAGGAAAUGUCGGACACCUGCUGGAAAUUUCAAGGCGCGGACUAGCCUGAGACAAUAAUAGGCUCUAAGGGUGUGAAAAAUGUCGAGCCAAACAGUCUACAGGUGCAUCGUCCUUCACUCCUUGUGUACAACAUUUGCUUCUUCAUAUACGACAGAAAAAAGGAAAAGUAUGGAGAGAAUGAAAGGAAGAUAACGAAAGAGGAAAACGAAAGACAAAUAAA